AUGCGGCUCGUGCUGCUUCUCGUCUGCGCAGCGUUCGUCGACGCCUCGCCGAUCCUGUUCGGCGGCGGCGAGGACUGCACUUCGUCGGACGGCCGCAAGGGGCGCUGCGUAUCCGCCAACGCCUGUCCUCGGGUGACUGGCCGCGUGCAGCCCUCUUGCGUUCAGCCGUGCGGCUUCCGGCACGGCCAACUGCAGAUCUGCUGCCUGCCUCCCAAGCCGGCGGCGCCGGCCCCAGUGGCGCUUCGCUGUGGCGUGGCCGGCGCCGACAACUCCCGCGGAGCCCCGCGGCGCGCCAGUCACGACGACCUGGCCGUGCUCGAGCUGGCGUCACCGGUCACGCUGGGGCCGCGCGUGCGGCCCGUCUGCCUGCCGGACCCGAAGGUGCGGCUGGUAGGCCGGGACGCACAGGUGGCCGGCUGGGGUCGGCUGGCGUUCGCCGGCGACACGGCCGUCGUGCUGCAGGAGGCGCGGCUGCGUGUGGUGCCGCUCGACACCUGUGAGUCCGCCUAUCGACGUCUGGCCAGCUUCACCGACAGCUUCCCGGGCGGCUUCGGCACCACCAAGCUGUGCGCCCAGGACCCGGAGCGACGCGGCGCCGACGCUUGCCAGGGCGACUCUGGCGGCCCGCUGAUGGCGCAGGCCGCUGACGGCACGUGGUCCAUCGUCGGCGUCGUGUCGGCCGGCGUCGGCUGCGGCAAUCCCGACUUCCCCGGCCUCUACACGCGCGUGGCCAGCUACCUGGACUGGAUCCACGAGCAGAUGACGUGACGUCGCACGGGAGGGUUUGACGUCAUCAGGGAUUGGCUCCUGACGGCAUGACGUCACUGGACCGGCUCCGUCCGUGGAAACAGCCCUGCAUGUCAGUGCGCUGCAGGUUUUAUUGUUGGUAUGUUGGGCGGUUUGCGGCUUACAUAAGGAACGGUUAUUGAUGGCUGACGUAUUCAGCUUUUAUUGUUGCCCCAGACGAACAACUCCAUGCCAGCGAUUCCAACUAUGUUCUCAAGCCUGGCACUUCAGCGAAUUUAGUGAUAGUUGGUGUUAGAUAGGGUUUUGCACCGCCAGCUAACAGGGUGAUCUCAAGAUGAUCUUUUUAAGGCCGUUAUAUUUGCAUCAAAUGUUUGCAUGGUGAGGUGUGUUAAGCUAUGGGCCAAUUUUUAUUGUGAUAUCAAAACACUUUUGGAAACUUUGACUUCAACGCUAUCAAACAAAACGUCAGUAUCACACCUGAAACAUAAUGUCACUAUCACACCCCAAAACAUAACGUCACUAUCACACCCCAAAACAUAACGACAGUAUCACACCCCAAACAUAACGCCAGUAAAACACCCAAAACACACAGAUGCUUAACUUGUUUCUACAGUGUCUUUAAUCACCCGUUUUGCCCACAAAGACUGACGCAUUGCUGGCGAUGGGGUGCAGAUGGUCCCGCUCUAGCUGACAGGAAAUCCUGACAAUGGAGAGCACAUCGUUAAUGACGUCAUCUGCUGUAUACACCUUUUGGAUGACAACUUAAUACUCGUCUACCCAAGACGCUUUCAUAUGACGUGAUGCGGCUCCAUUGCAUGUUCUUCGUCGAGUAUGUAUCUGUGUAAAUGUUGUUAUGCGUCCACGAAUUGAAUGCACAUGUGUUUUGCCUUAAGUUAUGAAGCUAGUAUUCUAUGAAGUGGCAUUGUAGUAAUGUGUAUUUAUCUAGGGAGUAAAUAGGUAAAUAGCGCUGCAAGACGUACUUAUUUGAAAAUGUAUUGGAGCGUAUCUGGUAAAUGUGUAUGUGCCCAAUAUGCGACAUGCCAGAAAGGACGCAAAUUUUUACACGUCUCUUGCAUGUUGCAUUAUUCACACAUACGAUAGUUUGUGUAUAAGUGCAUUUGUGUGCGCGUAAAAAUGCAGGGAUGAUGUUUCACUGAGCUAAUCAGAUUGAGUUCCGACGGGAUUUGGGCAUUAUGCAGCCCCAUUUUUCACAUUCUUCGUGUCACGUAUUCACACAUGAAGUGCGAAUAAAUAAAAAUGUUUU